AUGGCGAUAGGAGACAUACUCCCGGUCCGUUCACCCGAACAACAAGCCGACGAAUCGGUAAACAUCACCAUGACCGACCGUCCCUCACCAAUGCCGGAAGACAAGGAAACCUCGUCAGAUUCGAAUUCACAGUCAAAAAAGCGAUCUGCGUCGACUUCGGAAUCCAAUGGCUCGGCCAAGAUCACUAAGCGGAGAGCGGCGAGGGCCUGCAUCAGUUGUAGGAGCCGAAAAGUUAGGUGUGAUGUGGUCGAAGGGGCUCCAUGCGGCAAUUGCAGAUGGGACAACGUCGAAUGCAUCGUACAGGAAAGUCGUCGUAGGAGAAAGAACCUUUUUCAUUCGAAUUCAUCAACCGCUUCUCAUAGCAGUGUUGCCCCGCAGGCUGCCGAGGCACAGUUAAGAGCGAAGCCCGCAAAUCCAGUCGCAAUCGCUUCGGCUGCAGCUCCGUUGCAUUCCCCUAGCGAGGCAGCUCAAUCUUCAACGUCUAGCAAUGAUGUAACUACUUCAGGGGGAAUCUUGGAUAAUGGCUUGGAGAGUCACGUUCCUCAUUUGCUAUAUCAACGAUCAGGUUUACGGCCUGACCCCGUAUUGCUAUCUACCCUCCAGGCUAGUAAUACCGGAUCAAGGUACCCCAGUAUCUGGCCGAAUCCAAACACGUGUCAGAGCUCAAGCUCGGCUGCCGGUACGGGGGCCUUGAGGACAGCACAGUUCCUCAACUCCCUCGAGGAGCCCGAUGCGUCCUCGCAAUUGCCUGCCUUCAUCCGGCCUCUUCCGGCCAAGAUAGCCCCUGAAGAUGUGACCUACCUUCACACUAAGGGGGCCCUCACACUUCCAAGCCUUAGUCUUCAGAAUGCUUUGCUUUCCUCGUACGUCGAGUAUGUUCAUCCUUACAUGCCUCUCGUAGAGCUGCAUGAUUUCCUGGGUAUGAUCAAUGCUCGAGAUGGUCUAUAUGGUCAGAUCAGCUUGUUCCUGUAUCAGUCUGCCAUGUUCGCGGCAACUGCCUUCGUUGAUGUGAAGUAUCUGAAGGAUGCGGGCUAUACCAGUAGGAAGGCUGCUCGGAGGGAGUUCUUCUAUAAGGCUAGGCUUCUAUACGACUUCGAUUACGAGAGCGACCGUCUCAUCCUCGUACAGGGACUUUUACUGAUGACAUAUUGGUAUGAGACGCCGGACGACCAAAAGGACACAUGGCAUUGGAUGGGAGUUGCAAUCUCGCUAGCACACACCAUCGGUCUGCACCGAAACCCGGCUAACACUAACAUGACGCCGAGGAAACAGAAAUUAUGGAAAAGAAUAUGGUGGUCGUGUUUUAUGCGAGAUAGGUUGAUCGCCCUCGGUAUGCGACGACCGACACGGAUAAAGGAUGAAGACUUCGACGUUCCGAUGUUAGAUGAACACGACUUCGAGAUCGAACCGCUCGCUGACGAGGUUCAAAUCAUCGGUCCCGAGUGUACGCUAAUGCGGGAUGUUAUGAUGCAACAGGAACUCGCCUUGAUGUGCAUUGCGAAAGCAAAGCUCUGUCUUUGUAUUAGCCAUAUGUUGAAAGCACAGUACUCUGUCCUUAUCAGGGAUAAGUCGAGGGCAGAGAACACUACCAACAGCACGAUGAUGUUAUUCCCUAACAAGCAGCUGGACAAUGUGGAGGGUGUUAAUUCAUGCGACUUGGAGCUCCUCGCGUGGGUACAAUCACUCCCGGUCUGCUGCCAGUACAGACCCUUAUCAGCGCUUGACCUGAAGAACGGUCGCGCAACAGUCGCUGUACAGCGCAACCUUUUACACAUGGUGUAUUAUACGACGAUAUCGGCUCUUCAUCGACCACAGUUUCUCCCAUCAUCUCCGACGCAUGCACCCCAGACGUCAGCGCAAGUUCAAGAGAUCUCCCGGACUAGGGUUCGUGAAGCUGCAGCUCAAAUCACGCGCAUGGUUACCGACUUGCAUACCCUGCGGCUUGAGAAGUAUCUUCCGACUACUGGUGUCACUGUGAUUCUUCCUGCUAUGAUCAUUCACUUAUUAGAGAUGAAGAACCCGCUGCCACAACCUCGCGACGUUGCCAUGCGAGGGUUCAAGCAGUGUAUGAAGGUUAUGGAAAAGCUACGCGACAUUUAUUCAGCCGCGGAUUAUGCAGUCGCGUUUCUGGAUGCCGCAUUGCGAAAGGCAGCUAUUGAUUUGCAAGUAGCGCAGAAUCAAGCCUACGCAAACGGUGUUAUGGGGACUACCAAUGUCAAGACACCCUUGGCGCAUUUCACCACUCCGGCUACCGCGUCGGUAAUCGAGAACAUGACCACGCCUCCACCAGAGAAUGCACCGUAUGCGACGACGCAGGAGGCUAGCCUAUUCACGAAACCUGCGCCUCAACCGUUCGUGCCACCUACGGAUCUGAUCACCACCGCAGUCCACUCGCCCCCACAUACCGAGAAGGACGUGCUUACACCUAGCGCGAGCGGAUCCUCGGAUGGACACGCUGCGACUAUGGAUAUAGAAAUGGAUUUCGACAGCUUGGAUAACCACGACGAAUUCGACUGGAACGCGCUUACGGGUACUAACAUCGACUUCGACCAGUGGCUACAGUUCCCCGGCGAAGGUAUGGGAAACACGCGAACAGGCGGUGCGAUGGGCGCCGGUCUAGUCACGAUGAGCGAUAUCGACGGCUCGGCAAAUUUCAACCUCGGCUUCGAUAAUGCCGGGCAGGGCAUUGUUUCAUAA